ACCAGACUUCCCUUCACAAAUAUGUUAUUAGCUGCUAAGUUGAACAAAGACUUCUGUCAAAACCUCAAAGCAGAAGUCCACCGAAGACCAACGCAGCAAACACACCAUCUAACACCAGCGACACUUUGCAGCUUGAGACUUUCCUUAAAACCGUCACACAGGACUGAAACAGGAUUUUAAACAUUUGUUCAAGAUGAACAGAAAACCACUGAAGGCAACUGGCACUUUAAACAAUUCUACUGUUCAACUAUCUGCAGAUGUAAUCGAGGAAGAAGCUGACUAUGUUAAUGCAGCAGUAGGUGCUGUGGAUAGAAUGGCCGUCACUUCAGAUCAGAAGUUUCUCUCCUUCACUCCGUCUUUUCCAGCAGUGGCAGUGUGCUGGGUGAUUCUGUCAGUGAUCAUGGCCCUUCGUAUCUACUUUACUUCUGUCAUUUCUGAACAUAACGCAAAGCUGACUACAGAAAACCAGAUCCUGACAUCACAAAACCAGGAGCUGAAGACAAAGUGGAAUGAGCUCAACGUCAGUCGAGCUCAGUGGAGCAUUGAUGCCUACUGCCCAAAAGAAAACCAAAACAGAACGUGUAAAGCUUGUCAGAAAGGUUGGAUACUCUCAGAAUCCAGCUGCUAUAUGAUUAAUAACCCUGAUGUUCCUGGUCAGAAAACCUGGGAAGAAGCUCGAGAAGACUGCAGAGGAAAGAUUUCAGAUCUGGUUGUUAAACUUGAUCAAAAGGAGAAGAAAUAUGUCAACUUUAACUGGGGCAGUUAUGGCUACUGGAUUGGCCAGAGAGCUGAAGCUGGAAAUUGGACGUGGAUCAAUGGAACUUUUCUAAAGACUCAAGACUACUUGACAGGACACCUUCUGGUGAAGCUCAUUGUGUGAUUUCUGUCGGAGGGACACCUUCCAAGAGCUGGAAAGCUGUGAAGUGUGAUGAGAAACAUCGAUGGAUCUGUGAGAAGAAAGCUUUAUCUGUUUAAGAUCUGUAAUCAGAACUGAAGAGAUUACUGGAUAGUCAUCAGCUGGCUUGUAAAAAAGAAAAUGUGUAAAAAUUUCUACUUCAGAAUUUGUUGAAUUUAAUUUCAAAUCUGAAUGUAUAAGGGGUUUUAUUUUUCAAAUAUACUUGCAUAUAAUAAAUAAAUAAAUAAAUAAUAAAGUAAUGUAUUUGUGUCUGCAUGUGUGUGUAUCAAAAAAAAGACAAACAGAUUUAAAUGUGUAUAUAUGUGUAAUACAGUUUUGGAUUAUUGAUACUGGGAGUCUGACUAUUGACCAGUACUUAGUAACAUACAGUGCUAAUAACAUCAAAUAUGGAUUCCUUCUACUUUGAUGAAGCCACAGUAAUGAAAUGUUGAAUAUCAGGAUAUGAUGAGAUCCAACAGAGGAACCUACAAACUUUUCAAAGUCUCCAUAAAGCCUGUAUUUUGUAAUUGUAACAUCUGAAUUGUUGCUAUUGAUCAGCCAACAGGGAGUGAUGUCAAACUCUACAAAAUGUUUCCAGGUCUGUUUUCAUAAUCAUCUGUAUUUUGAUGAUGACAGUAUAUGUGUAUGUAGAGGUGACAGGUUUGAUGUUCUCUAUCUAUCUUGUGUUUUUAUC